UAAUAUAUAUUGAGUGUGCCGGAUUCCCUGGCCGACAUCGGAAAGGGGUCUAUGUCUAUAUAGCAUGUAGAUAGGUCUAUCUUCCUACCCGUCACAUGUCAUGCCCGCAAACAGCAAUUAAUAAGGAAUCACGAAUUAAUUAGAGCGAAUGGCGAGAGCAAAGAGGAACACGGAAGGCCGAUAAAGAGGCGGGAUCGGAAUCAGAGGUGGAAACAAGAAACAAGAAACUGUUUUCGGUGGGCCUGUUAUCAAUCAAACAAUGCCAUAUCAUCGGCUCACUAUCGCCCGCCCGCUCUCGCCAAUGGCAAUUGCCACCCUGCCACUGCCACCCUCUAUUAUAUUCACUUUUUUUGCCGGUUUUGGCGAGCUGAAUUACAAAAUAAACUUGAAUCGAAUGCAGGCGAUAAGGAAUUUCUUUGGCCCAUAGCCAAAUCGGGGCAACGGCUCUGGUCCCGAGUAUCGCAGCCCGUAUUUCCCACUCGUCAGUUGCCGCGAACUGCAGUCACCCACGGAGCGCUCCACUAGCUUACCAAUUAAGGAGAAAGAUUCAUCAUGUCUGAGGCCACAAAUGGACAUAAGGCGAUACCUGCCGAGGACCUGCCCAAGUGGCUGUCCAAUAUUACACUCAAAAAGGCGAUCGUGGAACAAACCGGUAUCUUUGAGAAUAUAGUCUCGUUUACUCCAGUGAAGGGCAGCAGCGAGGGCGAGAACUACUCCUCCCAGUUUCUGCGAUUGCUGGUGGAAGUGGAGCUGAUCGAUCACAGCAUCAGGACCCUUUCCUUUGUCCUGAAGGCUCAGCACAACAACGAAGUGAUGGCCGCCAUUCUGGACAAGCUGAAGCUCUUCCAGAAGGAGGAGCAGAUGUACCACAACAUUCUGCCCAAGUUCGAGAAGCUCUAUAAGAAUGCUGGCAAACGCAUUCAGUUUGCUCCUCGUGCCUUUAAGGUGGACCGCGAUCCGGGCGUGGAUUAUAUUUUGUUGGAAGAUCUGCACCUCAAGCAAUUUAAAAACGAGAAUCGUCUGGCCGGCCUGGACCUGGUGCACAUGCAGAAGGUGCUGGAGAAGCUGGCCGCCUUCCAUGCCGCCUCUGCCUGUUAUGUGGAGCACAAUGGCCUAUUCGGGGAGGAGUUCACCGUGGGUGUGUUCAGCGAGGCCAAUCGCAAGCUGCUGCAGGAGUUCAAUGCCUCAGGAGCUUUCCUGGCCCAGCUUAAGAAGUGGAAGAAUGCUCAGAAGUUGUACGAGAAGUUGGCUGAUAGCGAUGACUAUCUGGUGGAUCGUCUUCUCCAGGAUCAGCAGUACAAUCCCAGGGAGUUCAACGUGCUAAACCAUGGCGACUGCUGGGCCAACAACAUUAUGUUCCAGCACGAUGCCUUCGGAAACAUUAGGGAGACCUUGUUCGUGGACUUUCAAGUGGGAAAGUACGGCAGUCCGGCCAAUGAUCUGUACUACCUGAUUUUGUCUUCGGCUGCGCCAGAAUUGAAGACUGCCAAGUUCGAUUACCUGGUGCGAUACUAUUUCGAUAAUCUGGUGGAGAACUUGAAGCUGCUCCAGUAUCACCGACCCCUGCCCAAGUUAAAGAACCUGCAUGCUUCCCUUUUCCGCAAUGGCUUGGCUGCCUACAUGGUGGUGUCCAAGGUGCUGCCCGUUGUGAUGCUGGACAAGACCGACAAUGCCAAUCUGGAGAGCUACAUUAGCGACGAGUCCAAGAUGAAGAACGCCAUGUUCACCAACCCCAAGUACGUCCAGGUGAUGACGGAGGUGCUGCCAUGGUUGGACAACCGCGGCCUGCUCGACUGGAAGUGAUUAUCUCCCCCCAAUUACCGGCUAUAAUAAUGCUUAUUUAAUUGCACCACCUACAAAUUUGUUUUGGUAGCCAAAUAAAUAUCUAAUUAUAUUCAAAAUAACCUUUGACCAGCGAUUAAAUAUUUAUUUUGUGUGUAUCACUGAGCAAUUAUAGAAUUAAAAAACUG